UGUGUGUGUGUGUGUGGAACUCCUGUGGUUUGUAACGACUGUAACACAAUAUUUCGGUGUUCGGUGUACACAACUGUUUUUUACGGCCGGUUUCGCGUACUUGCUUUUGACGCUUUGAUAGUGUCAUAGCUAUUAUUUAACUCGUCGUCACUCUUCUAGUCUUUAGUCGUUACGUUUUCGCUGUGUGUUUUGUAUUUGUAUCUUGUUUGUGUGUUUUUUAUAUUUCCCGGUUCCCCCCGUUUGGUUUGCCGGCAGACGACCGCCGCGUCCCGUAACGACGAGUGUUUCGCCAGUGGACGACCGCACCACCUAAUCGAAUUUUUCAUCCAUUUCCAUCCGGACCGGACGCUGUUUAAUCAACCAUGGCAGACUUAGAUGACCAACUGUUAGAAGGUGGUAUUGAUUUAUCAUCCGAAGAACACAACACACAAAUUAGUAUAGAAAAUAGCAUGUCUUUUGAUUUAAUUGAAAAUGGUCAAUCAAAUAAUGUCGAUUCUCAAGCAUCAGCAGAUUCUGAUUUGGAAGUAAUCAGAGCUCGUGUACGCGAAAUGGAAGAAGAAGCUGAAAAGUUAAAAAAAUUACAAUCACAAGUAGAUCAAGAAAUGUCAAACACACCAGUACUGUCUUCUCCAAAUUGCUCGAAAACAAGUGCAACUUAUAAUUUAUCGGAGCAGGAAAAAGCUGAAGCUGAUGCUAGAUCUGUUUAUGUUGGUAAUGUAGACUAUGCAGCAACAGCAGAGGAAUUGGAAACUCAUUUCCAUGGCUGUGGUUCAAUAAAUCGAGUUACCAUAUUGUGUAAUAAAUUUGAUGGUCACCCAAAAGGGUUUGCAUAUAUUGAAUUUGCUGACAUGGAUUCUGUUAAUACAGCCAUGGCAAUGGAUGAUUCUUUAUUCAGGGGUCGUCAAAUUAAAGUUAAUCCAAAAAGAACUAAUAAACCUGGGAUAAGCACUACAAAUCGUCCAGUAGCAUCUAGGGGUAGAGCUAUGUUCCGAGGUCGUCCAAUGUCGCGUGGUGGUGCACAGUCAUCAUUUUAUGGUGGUUACAGGCCAUCUCGUAGACCAAGAGGUGGUUAUUCCAGAAGAGCGAUGUAUUAUCCUUACUGACGUUCACAAUAAAUCCAUCGCUACAGUUAUCGGUGGGAACCAUCAAUAUUUAAAAAUUAAGAAGCUCUAACAUAAGGCUUUUUAAAAUAAAAAGUAAUUUCUUUUGUACAUACAUCCAAAUAUUAAUUUCAUAGCCUUAAUGAGCUAAUGGGAAUGUAUUAACUUAAGUUUUUAUUUUUGAUUGAAAAUUGGAUUUAAUAUUAUUAAUUAUAGCCUGUAAUAACUAAUUGGAAAUAAAAAAAAUAUUGUGUACUACA